GAGAGGAGGCGGGCGGCGGAGAACGACUUCGUGAUAAGCCUGGUGCAGAGCGCGCACAACAAGGCCGCGUGGCAGCGCAGACAGGCUCUUGGUUUUUUUCAAGCCAUCAGCGAGUUGUUCUGCUGCACGACAUCAUCGGUGGACACGGACGAGCUGAGGAUCUGAGGACAUCUGAGGCCCUUUUUGGCAAACUGCGGACAAGAGUGGAGCACGCUUUCGAUCCGGUACGUGCCGUGGCGGCGCUGUCACCUUCCUCAAUCCUUUGCCGUACCGGUCUACGGGUUUUGGGCCGCGGUUUCAUCGGCACGGCUUUCCUCGAGGAGGAGACAGGCGAGGUCGCCAAAGUCAUGCUAGACGACUUUGCCCAAAAAGGAGUACGACCUCUGCCGGGCAUUUGCCUCCGCGAACCUGGCCGCUUCACCGUCAAUGUGUCUCCGAAGGUGGACUGCAGCAGCUCAGCGUGA